AUGCGUGUCUCAGCUGCGUGUAUAAAAGCACAUCGAAUCAAACCAUGCCAUCGACAUUCCAUCACUAUCACCAUCACCAUCACCAUCACCAUCGCUUCUGUAAUGUGUCGAUAUAUCUUCCACCACUAUCCCAGCUGCGGCCACAUCGCCAACUUCGAUUUCCGUAGCUGCGUCGAGGUCAUUAAUCUGCUGCGCGGAUUGUCCCAGCCAGGCUCGAAUUCACCCGAGCUGAUCUGUCCUAACGCCAAGGUCGAACACGACUUGUGCUCUGCUCAGCUAGAGGUCUACUGUCUGCAGUGUGAAUUUGACUUCCAAGCUGAAGGAGCUGUUCAGGCCAUCUCGGACUCUCCGGACUACAUGCCAAUUGAAGGAAUCGACAACCCCGGACCCGUCAUCACUACCAAGAUGCAGUGGCAGGCUCUUAGGCCCCGAAAGCGCGAUUUCAACGAGGCCUUUGCCGCUUUUCUCGAUCUGGACCUCGAUGGCGCCCACAAGACUGAUAGCAACAAUGGCACAGCGGUUGAGCCCAGCACCAUUGCCAAUGCGUCAGUCACCAGUUCUUCUGAACUAUGGCACGACUUUGUCGAUGUUCCGCUCAAUGCCGACGACCAGAACGCUGUUGAACCAGACGAAGAGGACUGCGGUCCUGGCCCCGCCAAAAAACGUAAUCCCUCCAUCUCAGAAGACUACGUGGUGAUCGGUGCUGACAUCCUCACCACCCAGGCAGAACGACAUGCUAGCGGUGCCGGCGACGAGGGAGACGAGGACGACUUCUACACCUUGUGGUUGUCUGACUCGGCGUCGGACUCGGGAGAUGGCGCCCUCGAAGACGACACCAGAUCCAUCAUACGCGAGUUGGAGAAAUUUACCUUCCCAACACACCGAUCUACACCUCGAACCCCUGACGUCCCAAUGUCACCGCGUACCCGUCCUCGUCCCGACCCGCUGCCUCUGUACGUGGGGCUUCCCGGGCAGCCCCCAGAAAGAUCGCCUAGGACGCUUCGGCCUUCAUCUCGGGGAGGCUAUCUCGAUGCGAGGACGGAGCUUCAGUCGCCUAUAUCUGAUGGGUUUCCGCGUGUUCUUCCGGACGACGAGGAGGUGGGACUGCGAUCGCCUGGUCUUGUGAGUUUCCCGCGAAUUGUGAAGAAUUGA